AUGUUUGCUCCAAGUCCUUUCCGCGCCAAGAUACUCUUGUUCGUCAUCGGGCUUUACAUAAUACCCGAUCUGGGUCUCACAGCCGAGGUCGUCGUCCCCGUGGCAAGGCCUGUGUUACUUGUUCGAGAUUGA